AUGACAUCCUCAGUCCUCUACUCCAACAUUGCCAACCCCCCAACCCAAAUUGUCAAAGCCGAUGGCCACUACCUCCUAACCGCCGAUGGCCGCAAAAUCUUCGACGCCACCAGCGGCGCAGCCGUUGCCGCACUGGGGCAUAACAAUCCCGAAGUCAAGGCCGCCAUUGUAGAGCAGCUAGAAACAUUGGAUUAUGCUUAUUUACCAUUCUUCAGCUCCGGGGCGGCGGAGCGGAUAUGUGAGUUUUUGACGGAGUCGACAGGUGGGGAGAUGGAGAAGGUUUUUGUUGUUAGUUCUGGAACAGAGGCUGUUGAAGCGUCAUUAAAAAUGGCACGGCAGUAUUUCGUUGAGCUUGGACAGCCUUCACGGACUAAGUUCAUUGCUCGAAAGCAAUCAUAUCAUGGCAACACGCUGGGUUCUCUAGCUACCGGUUUUCAUAAGGGCAGGAGAGGCAUUUAUGAGCCUAUACUUGCAACAAAUGUGUCGCAUGUAUCGCCGUGUUAUAGCUAUAGAGGCCAACAAGCAGGGGAAAGCGAAGAACAGUAUAUCAGUCAGCUUGCGCAGGAACUUGAGAAUGAGUUUCAGGCACAGGGUCCAGAUACUGUGUGUGCGUUUAUAGCAGAGACUGUCUCUGGUACUACCCUCGGUUGCGUCCCACCAGUCCCCGGAUACUUCAAAGCAAUGAGAGAAGUCUGCGACCGCCAUGGCGCAUUAUUAAUUCUCGACGAAGUCAUGUCCGGCAUGGGUCGUACCGGAACUCUACACGCCUGGCAGCAAGAAGGUGUUGUACCUGAUCUUCAGACAGUGGCCAAGGGACUUGGAGCCGGAUUUGUGCCCAUCGGCGCUCUUCUGCUCCAUAAAAAGGUCGUUGAUGUACUCUCCAAGGGCUCCAAGGCGUUUGUGCAUAGCCAGACUUAUCAAGGACAUCCAGUUGCUUGUGCUGCUGCCGUUGAGGUUCAAAAUAUAAUUGUUAGAGACAAUUUGCUUGAGAAUGUCAAGGUGCAAGGGGAGUUGUUGGGGAAGUUGUUGCAUGAACGGCUUGGGGAGCAUAGAUAUGUUGGCGAUAUUCGUGGCCGUGGACUAUUAUGGGGAGUUGAAUUUGUCAAGGACAAAGUAACAAAAGAACCAUUUGCGGCACACGAACAAAUCGGGGCAAAAAUCAAUUCAAAAGGCCUUGAAGCGAAGUAUUCUAUCUCGCUCAUGCCAGGAGGUGGUAUUGUAGAUGGCAAAGAUGGGGAUAUCAUUUUAAUUGCUCCCCCAUACACAAUUACUUCGACGGAGGUUGAGGAAAUGGCGAAGACAAUAGCGGAUAUUGUGAGCGAAGUGUUUGAGGAUUAUGCUUGA